GCGAGAUUUGAAAACAUCUAGAAGAGGAUUUUUCUCUUCUUUCCACAAGACUAAAAUUUUGACUAAAUAGUAUCAAUUACACUCGGCAAUCUAAGGCAAUAGUCCCCCCCGAGGGACCAUGGGAAUUUUAUAUAAAAUUCAACAAGGUCUAAAAGCUGGGUGAUGUGUGUUUGCCUCCCUGUCAGAUCUGGAUCAACGUUAUAGCCAUAAUGAGUCGUACUAUCUACCGGAAUCAAUAGAAAGAAGUGCCAUUUUAAGCGACAGGUCUUGACGCUUUACUUCGCAUAUCAAUUGUUAGAAGUUCACGCAUAGGGUGUUCACAUUUGUUACCACGAGAAAAGAAAUCAAGCGAAGGGCGGCAAGAUCAAGCCACUCGGAAAUAUCGCGUUUUACUAGUUUACUGUGUUUUCUGUUCUGAGAAUAACAAUGUCUGAAGUAUUAGUUACAAAUAGCAGCCUGCUCAAUACAACCACUGGAAGUGAUCAGGGACAGUUUAGCGGUGUGGGAAUUCGACUGCAAGACCUUCCGUUCCUCGUCUUCUGUCUUUUGCUAGCCUUAGUGAUCAUAUGUGGGAACAGUCUUGUCAUGGUCGCUUACCGUGCAAACUCAAGACUUCGUACCAAAGCGAAUUUAUUCCUGGUGAGCUUGGCUGUUUCAGAUUGUCUUGUCGGCGUUGCUGCGCUGCCCUUGUGGAUUUUAAUCAAUGUUCUUCGCAUCCCCUCUUCAAGUGCCUUUCACAUUCUCUUUAUAUCAUUCGAUAUUUUUAGCGCUCUUACAUCGGUGUUCCAUCUGACUGCAAUUAGCGUGGAGCGUUUCGUAGCGGUCUCAAGACCUUUGCACUACGCCUCGUUGUCAUUCCGCUACUACAAGCUCACAAUUAUCAUAGCCUGGCUUUCCUCCGCUCUCAUCGCAGCCCUAUACCGAAUUGCUCAGAUAUCAAACUAUAUGAGCCACUACGUACCCUUCCUCCUAUGCAUGGGAUUCCUAGGGCCACUAUUCAUCAUAGCGUCAAUGUACUGUAAGAUUUUUAAUAUCGCUAGAAUGCUAAUUCUUAAAGACCCUGGUGAAGAGAUAGCACUGGCACGAGCACAGUGCAGGCAGAGCGCGAAGUCUGUCUUGAGAAGGGAGCGCAAGGUAGCUGUCACUGUGUCUAUCAUUACUGGACUCUUCUUCUGUGCGUGGCUACCAUUUUGGACCGUGCUCAUGAUCUCGUUCUAUUGCGGGCCAGGGUGCUUUUAUAGUAAUGCUGCUAUGAUGGGAACAAUAGCCUUCAGUAAGUGGAUGCAUUAUGGGAAUAGCGCAGUCAACGCUUUUGUGUACGCGUUUCGCGAUCGGGAAAUGAGAAGGACUUUCGCUAGGAUUCUAGGAAAAAGAUGCGGUAACCGAUGCUUCCAAGAAAAUGUCGAUGAAAUUCCUUCUACUUAUCUUUGAUGCAUGUAAAGUCAGGCACAAGUAGUACGAGAGGCGCAUGAGAAGUUACAUAGUGAUAUUGGUCUGAAUGCUGUUAAUGGAAGAGAGUAAAUAAAAGUUCUAUGUGAACUUACACGACAAGGCCUUGUGCAAAUACCGGUCGUUUGAAAUAUAUGACCUGACUCUCUGCAGCCAAUGUCUGGUCCAGCAUUAAUAAACAUUACUGCUUAAUCUGAUAAAAAGCGCUCUUAAAUCAAUCCAAAAAUGUAAUUAAAUAGUCAAAUUAAAUAACAAAACAUGCCUUCUACAAUGGUGUUUCGAUCUCUGUACAUUUGCUGCGGUUUCGGGUAGAAUAAUUUUGACUUAAAUUGACCAAAACGCGAUGACAACAGCUUUGGGUAAUGGAAGAGAAAUUACUGCACAAAUUAUAAAAACGAAAAGAGGUGAAUGCAUUAUUUCGCUUAUCACUACACAAUAAACAAUCCCUCAUUUUCUCUUUGUUUUUAGUCUUUUAGAGAAACAAUUUUACUCCAACGUCCCAGUGUGGCCUCGUAAGAAUAAUAGGAUAGCUAAUGAUAAAACGGCGGUGGGAGCCGAUAUAUGUAUGUUUUACCAAAUAAUAAAAUUAUUAUCAUUUUUGCC